AUGCGCAGGCUCAGUUCCUGGAGGAAGAUGGCGGCAGCGGAGAAGCAGAAACACGACGGGCGGGUGAAGAUCGGCCACUACAUCCUGGGAGACACGCUCGGGGUCGGCACCUUCGGCAAAGUGAAGGUUGGCAAGCAUGAGUUGACUGGGCACAAAGUUGCUGUGAAGAUCUUGAAUCGACAGAAAAUUCGAAGCCUUGAUGUGGUAGGGAAAAUUCGCAGAGAAAUUCAGAACCUCAAGCUUUUCAGACAUCCUCAUAUCAUCAAGCUGUAUCAGGUCAUUAGUACACCAUCUGACAUUUUCAUGGUAAUGGAAUAUGUGUCCGGAGGAGAGCUGUUUGAUUAUAUUUGUAAAAAUGGAAGGUCAAGUGACUUGCCCAGGGUCACACAGCUGGGAAGUUCUCUGGAGCUGGAUGAAAAAGAGAGUCGGCGUUUAUUCCAACAAAUCCUUUCUGGUGUGGAUUAUUGUCAUCGACACAUGGUUGUCCAUAGAGAUUUGAAACCUGAAAAUGUAUUGCUUGAUGCACAUAUGAAUGCAAAGAUAGCUGAUUUUGGUCUUUCAAAUAUGAUGUCAGAUGGCGAAUUUUUAAGAACAAGCUGUGGCUCUCCCAACUAUGCUGCACCAGAAGUAAUUUCAGGAAGGUUGUAUGCAGGUCCAGAGGUAGAUAUUUGGAGUAGUGGUGUUAUUCUCUAUGCUUUAUUAUGUGGCACCCUUCCUUUUGAUGAUGAUCAUGUGCCAACCCUUUUUAAGAAGAUAUGUGAUGGGAUCUUUUAUACCCCUCAGUACUUGAAUCCUUCUGUGAUUAGCCUUCUGAAACAUAUGCUGCAGGUGGAUCCUAUGAAGAGAGCCACAAUCAAAGACAUCAGGGAACAUGAGUGGUUUAAACAAGACCUUCCAAAGUAUCUCUUUCCUGAGGAUCCAUCAUAUAGUUCAACCAUGAUUGAUGACGAGGCCUUAAAAGAAGUAUGUGAAAAAUUUGAAUGUACAGAAGAAGAGGUUCUCAGCUGUCUAUAUAGCAGAAACCACCAGGACCCUUUGGCAGUUGCUUAUCACCUCAUAAUAGAUAACAGAAGAAUAAUGAACGAGGCCAAAGAUUUCUACUUGGCUACAAGCCCACCAGAUUCUUUCUUAGAUGAUCACCAUUUUUCUCGUCCACAUCCUGAAAGAGUGCCAUUCUUGGUUGCUGAAACACCAAGGUCACGCCAUACAUUGGAUGAAUUGAAUCCUCAAAAAUCCAAACACCAAGGUGUUAGGAGGGCAAAAUGGCAUUUGGGAAUUCGAAGUCAAAGUCGACCAAAUGAUAUCAUGGCAGAAGUUUGUCGCUCAAUUAAACAACUGGAUUAUGAAUGGAAGGUUGUAAACCCUUACUAUUUGCGUGUUCGAAGGAAGAAUCCUGUGACAAGCACAUACUCAAAAAUGAGUCUACAGUUAUACCAGGUGGACAGUAGGACUUACUUACUGGACUUCCGAAGCAUUGAUGAUGAAAUUACCGAAGCCAAAUCUGGAACAACUACUCCUCAAAGAUCGGGUUCUGUGAGCAAUUAUCGAUCUUGCCAAAAGAAUGAUUCAGAUGCUGAAGCCCAAGGAAGAUCUUCAGAUGUUUCCCUUACCUCAUCAGUUACUUCACUUGACUCUUCAACAGUUGACUUAACCCCAAGGCCAGGAAGUCACACAAUAGAGUUUUUUGAGAUGUGUGCAAAUCUUAUUAAAAUUCUUGCACAAUAAACAUAAAUGUUUGCUUAUUUCUUUCAUAGCAAUAAGCAUGCAGAAAUCAUAGCCAAAUGCUUCCAUUUGUAAUCAAGUUAUAAUUAUGACCCUGAGAAGAAUAGCCCAUUCUGAAUGCAGUUUGCACAGAGAUUGGAAAGUGAUUAAUAGUUCAAUGGCUAACGUGCAGAAGUUAAUUGUGAUUAUUUUGUUCAUUCUUCCACAGGUAUAGGGUAUAUAAUACAAAAGACACAAUGAAUUCUAGAUCUCUUAAGCUCACUAGUUUUGGAUAUUUUACUGCACACUGAGCUUUGUAGAAUAUUACUGUUUUACCUCAAAGGCCUUUAUAUUUUUCUUAUUUUUUGUUAAAUUUGCUUCAAAAUGUAAAUCAAUAAAUACUUGCUUACUGGUCCCUAGAAAACUAAAGAAGUGAUUGUUUUUCAACUCCUUUAAAUUGCUUGUCCUUUAAGUAAUUAUCCAGCCAUUUUAACAUUCUGAAUGACUAUCCUUUUCAGUACCUUAUAAUAUAACUGAAAAUUGUUACUUCAAAGACAUAAAAUGCACUCAUUUUAGUCCAGGUUGAGAAGUCCAAGCACAGAUAGUACUUCAGCAUUCAGAUACUCAUGGCACUGAAUUUAUUCUAAUAGUAAGUGCUAAUACUUUCUAUAUAUAAGUUGCUUUUUCAGUCAUAAGGGAUGACUUGGCAUACACUGUAAAUAAGACAUUGGGCAGUGCUCUCCAAUUUUAAAAAUACCCUAUUUACCUUUUAUAAUUAUUUUGACAAUUCAUUAUUAAAUUAAGCAUGAGUCUUUAACCAACUGAUUAUGUAUCUGUUUUAAAUUGACAAUGCAGAUAACAUCUACCCAGAGUAUUUAAGUGCUCAGAUAUUUAGGGUUUUAUUUCUCUGAUAAAAUUUAUCUCGAAAAAAAUCAAGUUUUCUGAAGGAUCUUAUUUCUGAAACUAGUUCCAUGUUUUCAUUAAUUAAAAAAAUAGCAUUAUAUGAACUGAAGAAAAUGCUAAUCCACCUCAAGAUCUGAUUUUUAGAAACCUGUUUCUAUAGCUGGAAGAAUUCAUUUUUUUUUUAAUAAUGGUGUCAUAUAGCUAUGGUAAAUACAAACUUAAAGCCAUUUUAGAGGAAUUUGAUAUCAUGUGUAUGCUAAUAAAUAAAUGCUGAAUCUAAUAUUCUUGCCUUA